AUGGACCAAGACCCAAAAUCUACCAAGAUCUCACUGGGUCCCCCAUGCUGUCUCCAGUUCAGCCCGACUGAUGGAUCUGUGUUGUUGGCUGGAACCUAUACUUUGCAUAAGGAGAACGGCACAAGAACUGGGUCUAUAGAAAGAUACGAAUUACAGACUGGAGAGCUCAUCUUGACAGAGGAAGUCAAGGUUGAGUCUGCAAUACUAGAUCUGAAGUUCAUUGACCCUACAAGGUUUAUCACGGCACAGUCUACAGGAAACAUAAUGCUAUGGAAUUUGGGCAAGAAUAUUGAGCUGCUUAGAAAUGUACAAAUAUUUGAAGAAGACGUGUUGGUGACUAGCAUCACAAUUGGCGAUGAUCAACUUGGGAUUACUAGCACCACAGGCUCUGUCGCAACUGUCUCUAGGGAGACUCUACAAGUGACUCAAAUAUACGAGUCCAUACACAGUCUCGAGUGUUGGUGUCUCAAUUUCAACGAGGGAGUGAUAUACUCCGGAGGUGACGAUGCUAAGCUGAAUCUGAUAGACCCCAGGAUAGGCAUGGUGACGAGAAGCUUGAGACACGACGCUGGGGUCACGAGCAUACUUCCUUGGAAAGGAAGCUUGCUGAGUGGCUCGUACGACGAUAAUAUACGACGGAUCGACAUCUCCAGUUUUAGAGAAGUUGAAAAGCACAAUUUGGGUGGUGGGGUAUGGAGACUUACCCCACAGGGUGAUGAAUUACUGGUCAAUUGCAUGUAUGAUGGAGCCAAGAUAUUGAAUUCGGAUUUGGAGGUCACGAAAAUUCUUAGCAAGAAUCACACAAGCAUAUGUUAUGGUGGAGCAUGGAAGGAUGAUUCGUUGGCAACAUGUAGUUUUUACGACAAGGUUAUACAGUUAUGGUGA